UGUUCUUGAAGAAAAAGAAAGCUUACGCAGACGGCGUCAAUUCCACCAGCUGCGUGAAUUUCAAUUUCUAUGUUUAUCCAUUUUAAUUGAUACAAACAUGAAAUUUCUAAUUGUUUCCAAUUGAAAGGAAUUUUACUAGUUUUCCCCCCUAAUUGUUUUCGCUCAGGUAGUAGUACGAAUUUGUAGGUUAAUCGAAAAAAAACAAGGAAGCACAAAAAUGCCAUUGCUAUCGAGAGGUGUCUUCGCCGCCAAAAGCCAAGCGGAAUCAUCUCUCGAGGUUUUCAAAAGGUCUGGUUUGUCAAAGAUGUUUUUCUCAUCAAUGUCAAGAAGACCUGCCUUGAACAAUUUAUCUUCUCAUCGAUUGACUGAACAAAUAAUGAUGGCAGAUCAUGAGGGUCUGACUCGUCUGAACUAUUACACGAAGUAUGGUUUAUCUAAGAGAUACUACUGUAGCAAAACAAAGUCCACAAACAGUGUUAAGACUAGCCCGUUACCUGAACAAGCUGGGACUAAUUGGAGAUAUUUUCUAAUUCCUGGUUUUGGUUUGGCUUUGACUGGAAUUGGUGGGUUACUUUUUCUCUUUCACCAUAAUGAUCAAAGGAGAGCAGUGCUUAAAGGUAAGGGUGUAAAGUUAGAGCGAAGUGUCAAUCAAGGGCCGAUAAUAGGUGGCCCUUUUAGCUUAAUCGAUACAGAAGGUCGCCUUGUGACCGAAAAGAAUCUUCUGGGGAAUUGGGUUCUUCUUUAUUUUGGCUAUACAUCCUCCCCUGAUGUAGGGCCUUCAGAACUUCGAAAGAUGGCCAACGCAAUUAACAUCUUAGAAUCGAAGCAGAAUAUCAAGGUCUUACCCAUAUUUGUCACCAUUGAUCCUCAGCAGGACACCCCCUCACAUCUUCGUGCUUAUAUCCGAGAAUUCGACUCAAGAAUAGUGGGUUUGACCGGACCAGUUACUGCAAUAAGGCAAAUGGCACAAGAAUACCGAGUGUUCUUCAGAAAGGUUGAUGAACAAGGGGGUGAUUAUCUUAUCGAGUCUUCUCACAACAUGUACUUGAUGAACCCGGGCAUGGAGGUCUCGAGAUCCUUCGGCCUCGAGUAUAAUGCUGAGGAGCUGUCUGAGGCCAUAGCCAAAGAGAUCAAGAAAUCUGCUAUUACUGAGCCGCGCAGUUGAUAUACUUACUCGAUGUUUCUACAGCGUAAGGGCCUUAUUUAUUAGACAGCAUUUUCUGUUCUUUUUCAAUCUCCAAGGAAAUUUCUUCGCGUUUAACUCUCUUUUUUGUUAGUACUAUGAAUUAGGCAGGGUUUCCAUUUAUUCGAAUGCAUUCGUGAAAAUUGAUAGUUACAAUUACAAAUUGUGUGGACCAUUUAAUUUUUGUUAACUCUUUUGUGAGGUAAGCUUUAUUGUUCUCUAAUGGAGUAAUACUUUAACUAAUA